UUGUUUUGGGUGGACUUUGAGCUAGUAAAUGAAAAAACAGAAGAGGAAGUACAGAGAAGGGAGAUAGAAGAGUGAAGGCAUUUAGUAACUUGAGCCUGCAGAACAGAGGAAACACAGCUAAUGUCACGAGAACAACUCCAAAAGGAACCGAUGAUUACACAACAAUGGCAUUUGUGAAGAGUGGAUGGCUGCUCCGGCAGAGUACUAUUUUACGGCGCUGGAAGAAGAACUGGUUUGAUCUGUGGUCUGAUGGACGCUUAAUAUUCUAUGAUGAUCAAAAUCGCCAUGACAUCGAAGACAAAAUCCACAUGCGAAUCCAUUGCAUCAACCUCAGAGUGGGGAAUGAAUGUCGAGAUUUCCAGCCUCCAGAAGGAAAACAGAGAGACUGUUUACUGCAGAUUGUUUGCCGUGAUGGGAAGACAGUCAACCUCUGUGCAGAGAGUGCAGAUGACUGCCUGGCAUGGAAAAUUGCUCUCCAGGAUGCCAGAACAAACACAGGCUACAUGGGAUCUGAUGUGAUGUAUGAUGAGACAGCCAUUUCCUCAGCCCCUCCUCCCUACACAGCUUACGCCACACCAUCACCUGAGGUUUAUGGCUAUGGCUACGAUCAGUACAAUGGUCCAUAUCCGCCCGCUGGGCCUCAAGUCUACUAUGCCUCCAAUGGACAAGCUUAUGCUGUUCCCUAUCAGUAUCCAUACCAAGGACCUUAUGGCCAGCCCCCUGCAAACCAUGUCAUCAUUCGCGAGCGUUACCGUGACAGCGAUGGAGAUCUUGCACUGGGCAUGCUUGCUGGAGCAGCAACUGGAAUGGCUCUGGGAUCACUAUUCUGGGUUUUCUAGAUUACCCUUUCCUUACCUUUGUAGUUCCAAAAACCUUGAUUGUGUGCAAUAAUAUAUUGGCAAUGUUGUUUACUGUUAAACUUUAAGAAAUGCAAUAGUUAUUUUUCAGUAGUGACAUCUUAAUAACUGAUUCUUAACUGUCUUAAGGAGAGUUUAAAGGCACCCUUUAGUUAAGUGGUUGGAGAUGGCAUGUGCUGCUCUUGAAUUCAUUCUGAUAUUUGGAGUUAAAAGGAUUUAUACUGAUAGGGGUCAAUAUAGGCAGCAAUGUAACAUAGCAGUCACUAGCUUUGUGAAGAGAUUGUUAUUGUAAAGAUAGCAGAAAGAACCUGCAUUUUCUAGAGGGCCUAAAAUCUAGUCCAGACAGGAGGUUUAUAGGAGUCCUGCAUCAGUAUGUAUGUACUACUGGCUUCUAAACAUUGCCUGGCUUCUAAACAUUCCCUGGACAAACAUAUAGCUCAGCAGAAACUCCUUGGCAUCAUGUAGUCUGCCACGCUUGGAAAUUGUUUUGUUUUCAAACUUGCCUGCAGUGUAUUUUCUUAGAUGGAGUCCUAUACAUGUCUUACACCACCCAGAUGAAGUAUAAGCAAACACUAAGAAGUGGCAGCAGUCCUCAGUUUGUUUAUUCUCCCAGAAAUGUGAAUGACCAGUGGUAAGGAAGACCAAUGUUUGUGGUACCACCUCUCUCUUUAACCUGAAUCCUUUUUCUCUGGCCAGAUGGAGUAAUGGAUCUUUAGCUUUGCAAGUGAUCUUUUUUGUCAGUAUAAAACUCAUCUCAGACACUGUACUUGCAUUGCUGAGGAAGAGGCCAUUGUUUGGUGCCUCUGUUCAUUAUUGCUAUCACUCUGCAGAGUCUGCAGGAGGAGAACUAUCUUGAACAGUCCUUGUCCCCUUUGGCCUACCAAAACCCCACUGCAGGCAGUAGUAGUCAGAAGGGAAGAGACAAACAGCACAAGUAGACCCUGCACACAGGCACUUUGAUAUCAGCUGCCUUGCUAUGGCUAGGAUAGACUGCCUCUUAGCCUCCAAGGUUUCCUGAACCAGUUUUGUUAUUUGCAACUAGUUUUGAGCAAAGCUGAGCUUGGGUUUGUUCUAUGCACAUUUCCUCCCCCAUAUCAGCUUCUUUCCUCCAUAACUUCUUAAGGUAAACACUCCAAAGAACCUGGCUGGCUUUGCUUGUAAUGUCUGGUUCCUGUGCUGUGGACUGUAACCUGGAGUGCAACCAUUACGUGUGUUAUGUGGCCUGUUACUUCAUCCUGUUAUAAUCUAUGCUGAGCUGUGCUUGGCAGAGGAAAGAAGGCUCUGAAGAAAUGCACAUGCUUGCUUAUUCAGGUGAAAGAGGCAGGGUGCCUGAGUUCUUUAUAGUAAGAGGACUUAUUUUUAUACUCCUUUCAGCUUCCUGUAUUCAUACCAUUCUACUAUGUUAAGUCUUUGUUAUGUUUUCAUUUAGAAGUAGGUUAAUUUCCUUAAGGUUCAUAGGGUUUCAUGUGUGUCAGAAGAGAUGAAAAUAGAUGAGAACUUGCACCCAUAUGAAUUUAGAUUAAGCCUCAACCUUUCCAUCUUAAAAUUCUCAUGGCUGUAUCCCAUGUAUUUAAGCACUAGAGGUCUUAGACAAGAGUUUGGCUAGCAGCCAGGGGAAGCACUAAGAUUUUAUGACUCUUAGGACCAACACAACAAACUGAAAUCAACAGAAGUAAACAGACAGAUGUAAUCUUGGCUCCAUUACUAAGAGUGGGCCUAAUCUGUGGAAUGUAAACUUCUCUCAGAAAGUGUUGUUUUAGAGCAGUACACCAAUGUGCAUGCAUGUCCUAUCACUGACUAAUAAAGGCUGUGUUCUGCCAGAGGUAUGUACUGAAAGCACUUGGUGGAUGUUCAAGAGAGGACUAAUGCAAAAGUUUCCCAUUGCUAGUUCAAACCAAAGCAAAUUGGAAUAGACUACUGAAGUUCUCUUAGAGGUCAGAAAGAGACUGGAACUUAAGUGAACAAAUAUUUUUACCCUUUUUGAGCCUUGAGAUAACCUGGAAGAUGAUUACAGAUCUGCAAUGCUGUUUAGUUUGUGCUUUGCAAUACAGUUAAGUCUGCAGAAUGUCUCCAUCUCCUCUUCUCUCUGUGUGACAUUUAGAUUGUGAAGUGUGGGGGGAAUAAAACAACUGAAUGGCAUUGUGAUUUCUUUUGAAUCUUGUAAUGACCAUGAAAGAACAGUGCAAAGGGAAUCAGCUGGUCAUUUAUUUUAAGUUCAGAGUUUUAUUGUGUACGUCGGUAUUUGGUUGGGUUUUGGUGUGGGGUUUGUUUUGUUUGAUUUUUGGAACAGGUUUGGAUCAAGCAAGGGAACACAUCUGUUGCACUUUCAGGUGAUGACUGCAUCUAGAUCCCCAGUUACUUCAAGUGAAAUAUGUAAGAUAAAGAGUAGUGAUUGCAAAACAUUCCUGGUUUGAAUGUAAAGCAAGAAAUGAUAUUUUUAAAAAUUCAGAUUGUAAUAAGUCUCCAUUUUUAAAACAAGUAUGACCUUACCCUCUCAAGGGGACAAAAGCUGAAGGUUCUGGUUGCAUUCUAAUAACAAUAGGCUGCUUUUACAUAAAGGCAUGAGCUACCUUUCACUCCCAGUAGCAUAGGCAUUGAGAAGGUAGAAAGCAAAAAUACUAAACUGUGGUAGAAUAUAAAAUCAAGAGAGCAGUUAUCUUACUGCAAGGACUUCUAGCAUUUCUGAUCUCACUGCAGAAAUAGAAGUGCAAGAAAUAGAACUAUUGGUGCAUAAAGCAGCAGCAUGGGGAUGGCCACUUCUGUUCUCUGACACGCUUUGCUUCCUGAAGACAUGGCUGUACCUCCUGUUGCCCAGGAGGUAAGUGAAGGUUUGGUUUUAUCUAUACCAAUGUGUGGCUGGAUACGUGGUCGUGACUCAGUAGUCUUUCUCUGCUCUGUCCAGUACUUCAUACAUCUGCAGUUUAUGUAGAUCCUGGUUUGAGCUGAGGGAGCAGGGCUUGGGUAGAUUUUGGGUCUUGGAGGGACUGCCUCACCAGUUUCUGCAGAUAGGUGAUACCGUAGUGAUGGGAAGAGGCAGUGGGUGUGGCAAGAUCAUUUUCAAAACAGACUGAAAUGACAGUCCUAACCAGGUGUUUGUUUCCAAGUGGUGCUAUUCAUGAUGCUGUGAUACCAGUUUUACCUGCACAGCACCCGAGCACAUGCUUUUCCUGCCUGGAGCCCAGUUAUAUGGGAGGACCACAGCCACUGCAGUGCCACUGUUCUCUGCAGUGUGCGCCAUCAUUUCAGGAUGACUAAAUCUGUACUAUAGCAGUUACAGUCUAUUCAGAAGUGAAUGUCAGCAGAGGUCACCAGUCUAUAUGCUCAUCUGUGAGUGGUUACUUUAUGACAGCUAGACAGAGACAGGCUCCCACAGAGCAAGUCUGGCUAUGUUUAAAAAAUGGACCAGGGCUCCCUCCCAGAUUCUUAGUUACAUGUGAAGACAUUGCCAUUGGCUUCUUUUCUGUGAGUAUGGGGGGCUAGUAAGUGGGCAAAGGCUUAUGGACUAGAGGAGGUGGGGAGUGUGAAUGUACUGAGAACUGCACAGACUUUUGGCAAAGACAUAAUUUCAAAUGCUGAAGCACAGUCUGAGCUGUGUCUAGGUGGAGCUAUCCUAGUUGUCACACAGCACUGGCUUCAUUUUGUUUAUUCUUCAGUGGAGAUUCAACAGGUGUGGAAACAGCUAAGCAAGCUGAGUAAAGGAGAAAAUGGCACAUUUCUGCUCCUAAGAUGUGUUUGUGGCUUUUUCUCCUCUUGCUAUGACUAAGACAUAUAUGUGUAAGUCAUGGAGGGCAGCAUGCAGCAAAUGUUUCCUUCCCCUGGAUCUUUCAUGUUCUUGUGCACUCUCUAUCUUUACUGCUGCUUUUACUACAUGACCUCCUUCUCUUAUUAAUUUACAGCAAACCCUUAGCAAUAAAAUUAAUAUUUAAGUGUAA